ACCUUAAGAGGGUUUGACAGGGCGGGAUCUCUGCUCCAGGGGUGAUGAGACGUACGCUGCCACUGAACUCACCUAGAAGCUAAAUCGGCAGGUGCCAGUGGUCUGUCUUUUGGGAGGGAACCGACUGAAACGCAACACACAAAUGAGAUGGCAGCCUCAACAGGCAGGAUUGAGACAGUGGCCGAAGUCUUGGGGACUACGAUCUACGACUACGCUGUGGGAAUUCCAUGUGAAAAAGUCAGCAUCAAAGAGCUGGGGGCCAGGUUCUUGCCCCCGCUCUAUUCCCUGGUGUUCAUCGUUGGUUUCUUGGGCAACACCAUGGUGGUGGUGAUCCUCACAAAAUACAAGAGGCUUAGAAUUAUGACCAACAUCUACCUGUUCAACCUGGCCAUCUCUGACUUGCUCUUUCUCUUCACUCUUCCUUUCUGGAUUCACUAUAUCAGGCAGAAAGAGUGGGUGUUUGACAACAGCAUGUGCAAGUUCCUCUCGGGGUUGUAUUCCCUGGGCUUAUACAGCGAGAUCUUUUUCAUCAUCCUGCUGACGAUGGACAGGUACCUGGCCAUCGUGCAUGCGGUGUUUGCCCUUCGAGCCCGCACGGUCACCUUUGGGGUCAUCACAAGUGUCCUCACCUGGGUCUUCGCAGGACUAGCAGCCCUCCCAGAGUUCGUCUUCCGUGAGUUCCAAGCAGGGCCUGAAGAGUCUACGUGCAGCCCCGCGUACCCCACAAAUGAGGAAGAGGCCUGGAAGCAUUUCCAUACCUUGAAGAUGAAUAUCCUGGGGCUUGUCCUGCCUCUGCUCAUCAUGGCGAUCUGCUAUUCUGGAAUCAUUAAAACGCUGCUCAGGUGCCCCAACAGAGCCAAGUGCAAAGCUAUCCGGCUCAUUUUUCUCAUAAUGUUAGUCUUUUUCCUUUUCUGGACACCCUACAACCUGGUUCUGUUUCUUUCUGCCUUUCAAACCGUCUUCUUGGAGAACAGCUGUGAAUGCAACAGAAAGCUGGACCUGGCCAGGCAGGUGACAGAGGUGAUCACCCAUACCCACUGCUGUGUCAACCCUAUCAUCUAUGCCUUUGUAGGGGAGAAAUUCCAGAAGUACCUGCAUCACUUUUUCCAGAGGCAUGUAGGCAUCUACCUGAGCAAAUACAUCCCAUUCCUUUCUAAUGAGAGGCUGGAAAGGGCCAGCUCCAUCUCCCCAUCAUCGGGUGAUCCAGACCUUUCAGUUGUGUUCUAAGGCAAAAUACUGCCCAAAGAAGAUGAGCAAGACAGAUGAAGCAAAUAUGCUACAUCAACCCCACUGACCCCUAGAUCAGCCCUAUGUAUCUUUGGCAUGACUGAAGCCUUCGAAGACAUUCUCAGACUCACACGUGUACAAUGUGCUCCAAAAUCAUUACCAAUGGCAACCGUGGAAUGCCGAGCUUUGCUUGAUUUGCUAAAAAGUCCAUGCGGCUGAGUGCUAGUUCCAAUGUGCAGCUAUAGAUAGGUAAACCUUUCUGUAUUUGAAACCUCAACUUUCACCAGCAUCCUUUUGAUGGUGGUGGUGGAGGUGGUGGAGGGGUAUGUGAGUGAAUACUCAAGCAACCUGUCAGCAUGCCAUACCUGUCCUAACAGUCUGAGUUGUUAGGCAAUUUUCUGUUCACACCAAAUGACCAAUUUUCUCAGGAGCAACUCAAAGAGCCCUGCAAGGCAUCCACUGUCCUCUUAAAUGCCAAUGCUACAUAACAAAGGAGGCCAGAGUCUUGCACACGGGUAUUCUGGCCAUGAAAAGGGGAAGUCUGGAGCCCACAAGAACUCCACGGAUCUAACUCUGUGACCCUCAUGGGUGUCAUCAGAAGCACGUGGAAGGCUCAUUAGACAUGGAGGGUUGGGCCAUGCCUUUCUGGCAAAGGACCUCUUUGCUCUGUUGGGAAGGCCAGGUGGGAGUGGUUGGAGAGUUUGAAGAAAGAGAGUGAUGCAAACACUAUGGCAUGUCGGGAAGACAAAUCUGGGGACACAUACAGCAUGAAGUGGAGGCCCCAGAACUGUGUAGGCAAAGAAGUUAGGGAGCAGAAACAGGUAAGGAGGCCAGAAAAGUCUCCCUUCUACCAGCCACUGGGAUGUGAAAGCUUCUUGCCAUGAAUGAAGUCUGCAGCCUGCCCUGAAGUACUCGGCCCUUCUUCAAUCGUAUAAUAAAGGGACUAACGUCAAUAAUCUCUGAGCCACCUUACAGCUCUCAGUGGAUUUCAAUCUUGCUAAAAUAUUAGGAUCUAGAACUUCAAACCUCUGAGAGAGAUUGUAAAAGGGAAGCAGAGGAGUGGUAGACCAUUGGCCAGCAGACCCGGGCACUGCCCAUCAUCGCUUGUCCAUUCUGCUGGUUGUUUAUCAUUCAUUUAUUCAGCCAACAUUUGCUGAGUCCUUACCUUGUUCUUGGCCAAGUCCUAAGGAAAAAAAUGGUGGACAGACCCUGGACCCUGGAUGCAAAGAGCUCACCAACGGAUUGCUCCUCCGCUGACAGGGUUCAAAAUCAGUCUUGGAACCAAAUGGCCAAUGUCUCACUCCAACUCAAACAAGAGGGAUUUCCAUGUUCAGACUAGAUACCAUUCUUCACUUCCAAUCCAAGGCUUGAAAAGGGGCUUGAAUGCCCUUGGCCACUCAUUUUAACCUCCUCAGCCUCUGACUUAGUAUCCUCCUGUCUCACAGAAAACUCUAGGUGGGCCACAAAAAUGUCAACUUGGAGCACUAUUAAGCUGUGAAUGCCAGCAUCAGUUCAGCUGGGGAACUUGAAAUACCUUUAUGUGUGUGUGAUUCAGCCAAAAUGUAAAUAAAACAAUCAUUUAAAAACUCUA